AUGGAGAAGCUUAACAAGGUUAUAACUCAGACGUCGAUUGCUACCGACGAUGCGAGCGCUCUCGAAAAAGGUCCCGGCCUGUAUGCUGGUCUCGGCAUCCCUACGCUCCCUGAAACCGUCAUGGAAGAAGUCGACACCGAGGUUCUCGAAUACACUGAUCAGAGCAUCACUAUCACUCCGGAAGAGAACAAGCGGCUACUUGGCAUUAUCGACCGACGAAUCCUCCCAGUCAUCAUGACCACGUACUUCCUACAGUCUCUCGACAAGGGCCUCGUCUCGCUUGCAUCCAUCAUGGGAAUUCAGAAGAAAUGGCAUCUUCAAGGUCAAGAAUACGCCUGGCUCACGACUGUCGUCUAUCUCGCCAUUAUUUGCGCCGAGUAUCCGCAAAAUCGUCUCCUACAAGUCCUUCCCAUCAACCGUUGGCUCUCUUUCUGCAUUUUCGCAUGGGGAGUUGUCGUAGCGUGCUCUGCAGCUGUCGAAGACUUUGAAGGAGCCAUGGUUAUCCGCGCUCUGCUCGGCACCUUUGAAUGUGUCUGUCAACCCUGUUUCAUGCUCAUCACCGCCACCUGGUAUCGCAAGGAGGAGCAAGCUAGAACGAUUGCAGCCUUCUACUGCUGCAAUGGCAUCCAGACUAUGGUAGGCGGCUUGAUUGCAUAUGGGAUCUACCAUUAUAAAGGAAAGCUUGCCUCGUUUCAGCUGAUGUUCUUGAUACUAGGAACGUUGACGGCGCUGUGGGCAGGAGUAGCUUGCUGGCUGCUUCCCGCAUCUCCGAUGAAGGCUCGUGGCAUUUCGGAAGAGGACAAAGUCAAGAUCGUCGAGCGCGUUCGAGAAAAUCAGACCGGGGUUCAGAACAAGAAGCUCAAAUGGUCGCACGUGCAAGAAGCGCUCGCAGACCCUCAAACAUGGGCGUUUUUCUUCAUACAGGUGCUCAACACGAUUCCUGUUGGUGGUCUCGGUGCAUUUACCAAUAUCAUUAUAAAGACGAAUCUCGGAUUCACGGUCCUUCAAACGGACCUACUGGCGAUCGCGCAGGGAGCAAUCCAAAUCUUUGUUCUCUUUUCGGCCGCCUACCUUUCCAAGAAGACCAACCAAACGCUCCUGGUAGCCAUAUUGUAUUGCAUCCCUUCGCUGAUUUCAGCCGUCGUUUUCUUGACGGUACCAAAUGACAAAGCUCACGUUGGUGGGCUUUUGACCGUCUUCCUCAUGACCAUCUUUUACAACGGUGUUUCGCCACUCGCGUUCAGCCUGCUGACACGAAACGUGGGCGGACAGACGAAACGAACAGUGGUCGUUGCUGUCAACUUCAUCGGCUGGGCUGCUGGCAACGCCGCUGGACCUCAACUCUUCAGGUCGACGGAUGCUCCCCACUACCGAAAAGCAUUCGCCGGCCAGCUGGGUUGCUACGUGGCCCUCAUCCUCCUCUUCGCCUCGUUGAGAUUCUACUACAUGGCGCAGAACAAUACCAAGAGGAUUGCAAACAACUUGCUCCACGGAAGACCUGCCGAGUCGCCGGAUCAAAUCGACCUCUCGCAUGCUUUUGACGAUCUGACCGACAAGCAGAAUCCCAACUUCCGUUAUGUAUACUAG